AGGGGUUGGAGCAAGAAACGGGUCUCGGCUGGUCCCUUAGUCGACGAAAAGAGAAGUAGAGAACUUUACUCUGCACAAUAGCUCUCUCCCAACCUCUAUAGCCAACAAUCAUCUGCGGCCUGUUAUUUUCUUCACUCUGAUACCUCACUUCCAAGCUUCUUGCCUAUAUUCCAUCUCCAAUUCCUCACCAUGGCAUCACUUAAGACGCAGUCCCUCCUGAAUGAGCUAGUCCAGUCUUUGCAAGGCUCUGUCGACAUCGAAGUUGAAUCCAACCAAGAUUCAGGCACUGUGCCAGACAACGAUUCCCACUCCUUCUUAAUCAAGAAGCUGUUCGCAAAGUUCCAAGCCAUGGAACGCACCCUUCAGCGCAUUUCGACCACACUUCGACUCCAGAACCAGCGAGAAGCCCCUAAGCCUGAGCCUUUUGCACUUAGAUACUCGCUUAAGCUGCCAACCGAUGUUGCCCUAGUCAAGAGUCUCAAAAAUGCCGGGAUUGUAGAGAAGUUCAACCGAGCCGGCGCUCCAUUCGACCAGAUCAGAGCUUGCAAAAUUGUUUCCGAGAAAAGAACCCUGGUCCUCUACAUCGAUAACGCAGGGGCUGAAAGGCUCAUCCAUGAACAACUUGUUCGCAUUGGCGAGAUUCUGAACUUGAGCCCUGAAUGUGGCAUAAUCCGCGAAAAGUAUCUCGUUCAUGUCUAUGGCUUCCAGUGGGAUAGCGAGGAGUUCAAGAACCCACAGCCUUUCAUUCGAGGCUGGGGUGUUCAGAACAACGUCGAUAUCUGCAAAGCCUACUGGACGAACAAGAAACUCAUCCUAGAGUUCGACCAACGCAACCAUGCUGAAAGGCUCGUCCGUCCAAACCAAAAGGUGUAUCUGAGCGGCUAUUAUGGCUGGGCAGAGCCUAUUGAUAAGCGCUCACUUCCGAAGUUAUGUUUUCGCUGCGCCGAGCCCGGGCAUUUGAAGGACAACUGCAACAAGCCCCUACGUUGCCAGAAUUGUAGCGGUUUUGGUCACCAGCAAUGGGGAUGCAAAAAGGAUCCCAAAUGUCCGAACUGCAAAGGAUCGCACCCCGCAUGGGCACCACAGUGUCAGGCUGAGCCAGUCCUGAAGAUGCUCGCAGAGUGUACUUAUUAUCGUGAGAAGAUUGUCUACUGGGCGCAGGAGAUCAUGCAGCAGCCCACCACCGCAGCAAUACCUGUAUACGAUGCCCGAGACGAAGGACCCAAAUUCCCCCAUACGCGUGAGAAACAACCCGCCCAACAGAAGGGGAAAAAGAAGGCCUCCAAGAAAAGAAAGACAGUUGAAAAGGAUAGUCAAAAGAACACCGUCCCUGUGGACCGCCAACCAGAGACCUUGUACCGAUACCUCAUCUCUUCCGCUGGCACUCCAGCGAGAUCUUCGCAGCCUCCAACGCUGGAUGGUGAAGAUAUCGUAAUGGGUGAGGGUUCACAACCGAUGAUAAUGGAACAACCCUUCGCCCAUUCAACCAGUAUGCUACCCUCACAAUCGACAUCUUCUCAGCCUACCGUGGCCCACGCAAGCUCUUCGCGAAGUGUGCCUUCUCACACACCUGUCAAGAACUUCACACUCAACGGUUGGGAUCCUCAGCAGAACAACGGACCAAGAUCUACUCGCCAACGAACAUCUCGGAUACCUAAGGAAAACAACGAUCCGUCUCAAACUACGCUUCGGAUGGGCGAGUCAAGCUUCCAAACGCUGCUGCGGGAGACGACGCCGGGUAUAGAUAUGACAUCAGCUAGUUCUAGCGACGAUGAGUAUGAAACCGAAUCAGAGUCAGAGACGGCUUCGAACCAAAACUAUGAAGGUCGAUAUGAAGGUGAGAUUCCGAUUGGUAAAUAGUCACAUCUUGAGUGUUCUAGGCUGUGUACACCAAUUCCAAGGGUGUUUUCGAUUUCAUUGUUUAUGGAGGAAGGUUACAGUAUAUUUGAAUAUGUGUAAGGCUCGUUUGUGUUGUAAUGGCAAAACCUCUCUGCUUUUGAUAGUGUUUUUCUACGUAUUGUUACUUGAGACAUUUGCUUGUUGUAUCGAGUUUAUAUCAUUACGUUUCCUUCUCAAAUACGUGACUAAAGGGUGAAACGGAGUGCUGAGUAUGUCUCGACGUUAGACCAAGCGGAGUGGCUAGAGUUGACCCCAAAUUAACCCAGGAAGGAAUUCCUCACAAGCCCAAUUCUAAACAUUGCACUUCACAAACUUCCAUCAUUGUUUGUCCAGGGCUGGGAAUUAGUGACGGCUAAGUCGGAGGGGAACGGAUCCAAU